AUUGUACGAACUUCACAUGAUCCGGCUGUUCUCCAUAGCUCGAACCAGUUGCCUCACUGCCUCAAGAUCUCAAGUCCCGACAGCUCUUCUCCAGUUCAGAACCUCGCAUCAAGUCUUUUCGACCACGAUGUCGUGGAUGGACUCCUGGUCCCGGCCAAGCGCCAACUCCAAAGUCCCUGCGCCACUGUAUCUCGCCAAUGCAGAUACUCCUUACUGCCAUACCUGCGGCCGUGUAAUGAACUCCAAGAAAACCACCAAGAAACAGCAAACCUCUUCCACAUCAGGAAAUAACGAAAUCAAGUACUGCUCCAGCCGCUGUCGCGGCAAGAAGCCCGGCCCUCUGGAUCGAAAAAUCGAAAAGACGAUUGCUUCGCUUUUGAACAGUGAUCCGGACUCUGGGAUUGAGAAGACUGCUGCCAAGACUAAAGCUGUCAAAGGUGAUCCGAGGGUCAUUGUGACGUGUGAUGAGAUUGAGGAGAUUGUUUUUGGGAGUAGAUUUGACCCGGAGAAGACUUCUGGGAGGAGGAGAAAUCGGAAGGCGAGGGGGAUCGCGGAGAAGGGGGAAUGGAAGAGUGUGGAUAUGGAGAGUAGUGGUGAGGAGGAUGACGAGAGUGCUGAGGAGGCGAGUCAUGAUGAAGACAGCGAGGAGGAUGAAUUUCAGGCCAGGAAGGGAGCUGUGGCUGAGAACUACGAUACAGAUGGAUCGGUUGAUGGAGGGGUGAGAAUUCGACCGCCACAGGACCAGUCUUUGGUGAACUUCAGCGUCGGAGGCGAGAGAGGGCGACAGGAGAAGAUUGAAGAGUCCGCCGAUGAUUUGGAGAAGAGGAGACAGGGUGCGAAGAGAGCAGAGGAGAGAGAAAUGGUGAGGAGGGCAGCGAGGCGAGGCGUGGUGUUUGGGUUUGAGGUGCCCAGGAGAGAGGGAAACGCGACGCCUCAGAAGAAACCAGGGAAGGGGAAGACAAAGUCGAAGAAAGGCGGCGAAGACCAAGACGAAGGAGAAGAAGCUCCAUCUGCAACUGAGAUCCGCAAAGCAGAGGCAUUGAUGGCAGGGAUGGUCGUGGAGCCUUCAUUCGCAAAAGGAAACUGGUCAAUACGCUGGCGGGACUGAUACUCAACACCGCGUUCUCUUGCUCUACGCUUGACUUGACGUGUCCCCUCAGGUACAAACCAUCCUCACGCUCUCAUAUCCACUGAUACACUGUCCAUGUCUCGAACUCGAAACUCCCCUCGGCUCCAAAACAAUUGACCUCCCAUCACAAUCAUCGCCUCUGUACGCGAUCAGUCUGCAACGAUUUCCUGGACCUCGAGUGCCACUGGUAU